UGACAUUUACUGUCACCUUGACAGCUGAUAGUAAACAUAACCUUUUAUAAAAACCUAACCAAACCGCGUGCAAAACAUAAAAAUCGAUAUGGAAAACGUUGAAAUCCGUUUAGUUAAUAAUUCAAAAGGACGCGGAUUAUUCGCAAAAAAAUCGUUUAAAUCUGGGGAUGUUAUCUUUGAAGAAACCCCCUUUGUUUGUUGUCAAUUCUCUUGGAAUUCGGAAUAUAAAUAUAAAGCCUGUGAUUACUGCUUAAAACCAUUAGAAACGGCUCAAGAGAAUGCGAGAAGAUUAACCGGCCAACCUAAUUUAGAAUUACCUUUUCCCGAUUGUUGCACAACUGAUAAAAGUAAAAUCGUUUUAUGUUUUAAUUGCAACGUUGAGUAUUGUAGUGAAGAAUGUAAAAUGAAUUCUUGGAAUGAUUACCAUAAAAUGUUAUGUGUUGGUUUAAACACAACCCAUCCUUUAAUUAAUUUGAAUAAUGCUUGGAAACAAAUUCAUUAUCCCCCAGAAGAAAGUACAAUCAUGAUUUUACCAAGAAUUUUAGCAAUGAUUGAACAAUCAGAAAAUCGGGAACAAGUUCUUCUAAAAUUGAAUCAAUUUUGUAAUAAAAGUGUUAAUGAAGAAUUGGAAUUAGCACAUAAAUUUUUGGGAGAUAAGUUUAUUGGAAGCAUAAAUCUGUUAUAUGAUUUAUUAAAAAACGUUAUUUCCCAAAAAGAAAUUGACACAAUAGAAGGGUUUCAUAAAUUAUUAGCAAUAUUAGGAACUAAUGGACAAGGUGUUGGAACAAGUUCUAUAAGCGAAUGGGUUAAUAAAUGCUCUGAAUUACCAUUAAGUGACUUCGAACGUGAAAAGCUCAAUAAUUUUAUUGAUAAACUCUAUGUAGACAUGGAGAAUAACGUUGGAUGCUUUUUGAACAAUGAAGGAGUUGCUUUAUAUAGUUUACAAAGUGCUGCAAAUCAUAGCUGCAUCCCAAACGCAGAACCAAGCUUUUUACACAACAACAGCAAAUUAUCGUUAGUUGCAUUAAAAGAUAUUCAAGAUGGAGAAGAAAUUUGUAUAAGCUACUUAGACGAGUGCAAUUUGGGGCGCUCAAGACAUUCCAGACAUAAACAACUUGCUGAAAAUUAUUUAUUUAUUUGUAAUUGUGAAAAAUGUUUACAAGAAAUUAACGAAGCUGAUGUUACAUCUGAAGAAAGUGAUGAAGAUAUGUCUGAUUAAAACAAUCAAAUUCCUUAAUCGAAAGUGAAAAUAAAUCACAUUUGGGUUUUCUAAUUAAACACAUAACCUAUAAAAAAUUGUUGAUGUCAAAUG